UUGACCUUUUUAAUGAUUGCAAAAGGAAAUCAAUUUUUAGUCAAUUAUUUUUGUUUAGCUGAGUAAAUGCUAUGCAUGUUACUGUUAACUGGAAUAGCUACUGGCAAAGAGAUGAGGUGCUCAAGAAGCUGUUUCCUAUGGAUCUUCACGAUCUUGCUCAUCUCUUGUGUUGGCUACAUGCAGAUACAAGAUCCCAGGGCCAAGCUGGCUGAGGUUGAGCUGGACCACUGGAGCUACAGUGAGCAACAGUCUGCAGUGCAAAUCAGUUCUCAUGAGGCCAAGAAAGCCUCUGCAAGGAGAAGUCUACUAAAGAACUCAAAUGUCUAUCGAUACAUGCUCAGUCUGAGCUAUUGGGAGCAGCUCACGAUGGCUGUGCGAAACCUCUUCUCUCUCACUUGUUUCGGAAGUACAUGGAACAUGUCUGUCAUUCAGCCCUUCACCUAUAACUCACGGCUCUACGGUCUUCCAAAUUUUAAACCUGACGACAACAUGAAAUCAGAAAGAAGAGCCGAAGAUCUUCAACUUAUUUUCAACACCGACUCUAUGAACAAUGCUCUAGAAAAUAAUAACUUUAUGAAAAUGACACCAUUUCAAACAUUUUUAACAAACGCUCAUAGAAGUAUAACCGUAAUUCACUUCAUUUCAACUAAUAAAGAAGUUCACGAACUACCCGUCAUGAAAGGAAGAAUAGGGACAAUUUUACGAGAAAAAUUUAAGCACAGAAGUGUUGUCAACUGUAUCGAUAUUCUUGAAGAUCACAAACAACUGAUUCUCAGUCGCUUAAACAGUGAGGUCCAGGGGCUUAGUUAUAAUUCACCGUCACCCUAUCCGAAUUUUAAAAUUGUAAAAUAUUUUUGCAUCAAUAUGUCUACGAUGUUAACACCCGAGGCGCUGUCUUCAAAACUCCAACUUGGAAAUCCCGACCAAAAUGAAUCUGUGAUUGUUGUUAACUGGAGAGGGAUGUCUGCACAAACUAUGCUAGUCGAUACUGCUAAGGGAAGCCAUCCUAACAACAGGAUUGCAAUGAACAGUUCAUGUAAGAACAAGAAAUACACAAAGCAAGACAUCCAUAGCUUUAUUCAGUACAGUCAGCUAGUGUUGUCGACAACAAAGUUGUUCUUAAAAGAAAAACGAUUGGACGUGUCUGACUAUGUGGCUGUUCAUAUCCGUGGUGAGAAAAUGGGGCUGAGGGAACCUCGUUUGCGUGGCUCCUUCCAGUUGUGUUUGGAGAAACUGUCGUCAGUUAUUGAUGACGUCAUAGCCAUAAACAACCUAUCUGUUGUCUACAUAACAGACUAUGGUCCAUACAGCAGUGACACCUGCAAACAUUGUAAGAGUGGAGUACGAAUCACAAAGUGGAUUCAAGAACAACGCGGAGUAAAAGAGUUGCAGUUCGACCCCAUGAGUAUGCAUCUUCCUGCCGACAGUGGACUGGCUGCAGCUGUGGAGACUAACGUCAUGGCCUCGGCUAGAUACCUGAUUGUGUGCGGUGGGGGAUCAUUUCAAUCACAAGUCAUCAAUAACUUUCACAAACAUCAAAGAGACAAUGAUGCAAAAAGCAGGAUAUUUAAAGUUUGUACAGAUGAUGGAAAUGUGCCUGUUAGUGUUGUCUAAAUAACUGUUAUAAAGCCAAAUAUAUUUCACAGUACAAUUUAUGUUUUUUUAAGAAUUCAGCACAUUUAUAUUGAACAAUGAGA